AUGCCCCAAGAUGAGGCUCAGUCUGAGCUCAUGGCUAUUGAUGGCCUUCAGUCAGAUGAUCAUCGCGAUCUUCUCAACAUCAUUGACAGCCUUAGAGCCCAAGGCGUAAGCCAAUAUGUCCAACUUCCUCGGAUCAUCGUCUGCGGCGAUCAGUCGGUUGGCAAAAGCUCGGUCCUCGAAGCCAUCUCAGGAAUGUCGUUUCCCACCAAAGACAACCUUUGUACCAGAUUUGCAACCGAGCUGAUCCUCCGACGUAACGUGGACAAAGCCGUCAGUAACACUAUCAUCCCCGGUCCUGAUCGGUCGCAAGACGAUAAGAAACGAUUCUCCAAGUUCACCUGCGACUUGAACCAGCUGUCACGGUCGACAAGCCUGCGGGCGAGGGUUGCUGAGAUCCUGAAGCCAUAUACAGAGGGCCAUCCGAUCACUUACAAUCACUACUUCACCGAGGAGGUCCAGAAGCUUCAGAGGGCACGUCGCAAGAAGGAGUUGGAGGAGCUGCUCAAUUCCAAACGUAUAUCUAAUCCCUUUCAAGACCGCAGCCCUGGUUCGGUGCAGUCGGGGGGCAUUUUAGGCUCUGCUGCUAGUCCUGCUACCAAGUCAUUUGGGAAUUCUACAGGUGACCUCGUUACCGUCAGUAUCUCCGACGUGGUCAGUACUUUCGUGAGCAAAUCCGAAGCCAACAUGGAGAUGUUUGCGGCUGCCACCGCGUUGGACUAUAUGCUGGCCUAUUACAAGGUUGCGCUUAAAGAAGUUGUCGACAACAUUGGCGUUCUGGCAAUCAAGGAUCGCUUCAUUCAGAAGCUGCCAGACAUAUUUUCUCCUGCAACCGUUCAUGGAUUGACGAAGGAUGAAAUACACAGCAUUGCUGCAGAGUCCCCUGAGGCUGCCGCUGAACGGCAUCGGGUGACAGAGAAGCUCAAGAUUCUCCACAAGGGCCUUCGGGACCUGAAGCGAAUUGACAGACGCCAAUUUUGA